AUGGACUGGGAGGUGACGCCGCCCGCUCUCACCACGGCCAUCCCGCUGGUGCGCGUGCCGGUGACGCCGGAGAUCCACCCCGACGACGACCGCUUCAUGGAGCGCUACAUGGAGGUCGUCUCCGGUGACCCGCUGCACUACAUCCACCUCAUCCAGACCUUCGUGCCGCCGGCGCUGGACGGGAUGACGGCCACGCCUGGGUCUACGCCUCAGAGGGCCGAGGGAGGAGGAGGGGAUGUGGGGGCGGGGGCCACGCCGGGCCAGACGCCCGCGCACACGCAGUUCUCGCCCGUGCGCCACUCGAGGACGUACGCGGACAGGGUGGACGCUGCGGAGGUGCUGAUCGACCUGACGGUGGACCACAACCACGGGGCGUACCUGGGGAGGAGUUUACUGCUGAAAGCAGUGCUGGCUGUUAUAUUGGACUCGCAUGCCAAUACUGAGGAGGCGAAGCUGGUGGAGCAGGGGGUGAGCAUGCUUGCCAACAUGGCACGCUAUGACGACCUGGCUGAGAAGAUCGCUGAGGAGCCCGAUCUGAAGGAGGCCAUCGUGGGCAAAGUGCUGUGGAUGACGGACAGCGAUGCGCUGGUGCAAUGCUGCAGGCUGUUGGCCAACGUGCUUGCAAGGAAAAGUCGGAAUGCUUGGCGCUCACUACUUCUGAAGGAUGGCCACGUUACUCGCAUCCUGUGGAUGAUCGACAACACAAUGAACGAGAACCUCUUGGAGUUUGCAUAUGCAGCACUUGAAUCGCUUCUCACCAGCGAUGAGGAGGCAAUCCGCUGCCUGCUUGGUUUGCGCAUCCUGGACUUGGUGACUGCAACAGCCAACAGCUAUGUGUUGAAGCGUUCAGGUGUGGAAAUGGACUCGCACACAAGCGCAGAGGCCCGCCGAAUAGUUGCUGCUGAGUGCCCAGACGUGAGCGAUGACGCAAUGGCGGUGUGCUUAAAGGCACUGUAUGCAAUGAUGGCAUCGGACGCGGCUGUGGAGGCCCUGUGCAGCGACCAGAACCUGUUAAUGUGCCUCUACCAUCUGUUCCGUGUGUCUGAUAGCGACCGAGUGGACAACCAAGUGAUGCUCGUCAUGGCCAUGGUCAACCGUGCCAUGCCAGAACUCAUACACGACCUCGUUGCCCUCGAGAAGCUUCUACAGAUCUUCAGUUUCGCGUUGAACAGCGGGGCGGACGACGUCUUGCUGAACGCGAUCUGGGCAGUUCUCUCGUGGGUGAGCCGGGGGAUCUCGAUCGAGGCGGAGUCCGAAGGCCAGGGGCAGCGCGGCGUGGCGGGCGCCCUGAACGUGGUGUCCCAUGAAGUGGACAAGUUGAUCGAGCCCAUGCUCCCGAGGAGCUGUGUGGCGUACGCCAGGGUGUGUGGGCUGAACCUGGUGUCGGCGUUCGACAAGCAGAUCGGCAAGUUGGACGAGGCGCUGGACUCGGAGGGCGAGGGGCGGGAGCAGAUGCGGCGCCGCUUCGUGCGGUUCGUUAAGGCCCGGGAGCGGCUCGCCGCCUGGACGGAGGCGCUGCCGGAGGCCAGUUCUGAGGAGUUGACCGGGAAGGGAGGCGAUGCUGACGAGGAGAUGUAG